AUGUUGUGUACAGUUCCAGUGCAUUCUGUGUAUCUCAAGGGAACUUAUUCAGAUCCAGCCGCAUGUGAAUUUCUUAGAAAUCUGGCUGAGCAGACGAGAGGGUCGUUUCAUAUUGUGAAGUUGUCAGAGUACCUUGGUAAAGUCGAACAAGUUCUGCCAAUUUAUACUUCUACUAGCAAACGUUAUGAGAAUGAUGGUGAGUUAAUAUUGACCAUCUAAGUGGCAUUGUGCAUGUCUGAUAGCUAGUUAAUAUACACCCAACUUUGUUACCUAGCUUAGUCUUUUGAUGCAAAAAUCAUUAUAUUAAUUAAUAUAAUGAUUUUUGCGUCAAAAGACUAAGCUAGGUAACAAAGUUGGGUGUAUAUUAAGGCAUGCAUGCAUCACUCCAGUAAAACAGCCAGCUUAGCUAAGAAUACAUUGUUAUUCGAUCACUCACAAACCGAUUAUGCUCCCCCCAAAAAAGAAACUCCAAACAUCCGAUUUGAGGACUAAUAUCCAAAGUCCCAACUUGUAAAUGCCCAGGUAUAGAACGGAACGUUUUUUAUAAUAAUAAUUAUUUAAACUCUCAGUUGUUAUAGUACUUUUAUCUAAUGACAUAAUAUUUUUACUUGUAAAUAUAUAUAGCAUAUACUAAUUAAUAUUUUAUUCACAUACUACGUAAUUCCAAAGCAAUUCAGUUAUGAUAAUUAGAUCAAUGAUUAAAUCUUAAAAAACAUUCACUAAAGGUUGAAAUGCUUUCUUUUCAGUGCCUGCGCAAAUUGAAAGUAAACCUUACAUUGACCUAAAUACCCCACCAAGUUCUAGUUAUUUGAGUAGAAAUUAUGACACUCCCGGCAUUCGGAACGCUGUCUUAGACAACAGUCAUACAACCAAAUUUGACUCGACAGUACUGGAUUAUGCAGACGCUCUGAUCAAGGCUCGAGGUCUGGCACAGUCUGCUGGGAUACGGUGCUCCUCCACACCACUUGCAUCCUCGGUCAUGAAAGGUGUUAAAGUACUUGCUAGGCUUGAUCGAGACGGAUUGUAUUACCUAGGACAAGUUAAAGAACAAGUAAGUAUAGAGAUCGGUAGAGAGAUAGAGUCUAAGCUCUAGCUUGUAAUUGAUCUCUACACCUCUCUAUAUGGACACCUCUCUAAUAUGGACAUCUCUAAUACUGACACCUCUCUAAUACGAAUUCUUCUCUAAUAGGAACUCUUCUCUAUUACAGACACCUCUCUCUAAUACAGACACGUCUCUAAUACGGACACCUUUCUAAUAGGACACCUCUCUAAUACAGGUAUUGCCUGAUCGGGAUACCUCUCUAAUACUGAUCGGGAUACCUCUCUAACUCUGCCUCUCCAAUACAAACACCUCUCUAAUGCGUACUCUUCUCUAAUACAAUUAGUAUAGACGCCUCUCAAGUAUACAGACACCUCUCUAAUACCGACCCCUCUCUAAUACAGACACCUCUCUAAUACAGACACCUCUCCAAUACAGAAACCUCCAUUAAUUAUUAUAGACACCUCUCUAAUACAGACACGUCUCUAAUACGGACACCUUUCUACUAGGACACCUCUCUAAUACAGGUAUUGCCUGAUCGGGAUACCUCUCUAAUACUGACACCUCUCAAACUCUGCCUCUCUAAUACAGACACCUCUCUAAUGCGUACUCUUCUCUAAUACAAUUAAUAUAGACGCCUCUCAAGUAUACAGACACCUCUCUAAUACCGACCCCUCUCUAAUACAGACACCUCUCUAAUUAAUACAGACACCUCUCUAAUGAGUGAAGUAAUUAAAAGAGAACUAAUUUGAAGAAACUUACCUGGGAAAGUAUGGUCGACACACUAGAUCCAUACGUUUAAACAAAUUUCUUGUAAAACGGAACAACUAUUCUCGCACUAUUAUUGCCCAAUAGAACUCUCUUUUAAUUAGGACCCCUAUUCUAGAGGCCAAAGAAUACCGAAUCAUUUAAGAGCAUGAUAUCCGAGCUUGUAACAUUCCAGCUCCUGAUCGCAACGGCUAAUAAUCCUCGCUGUUGACUUGGUGACUGUACUAGAAAAUUAAUAAAAGGAAAUCAAACCACCAAACAAAAGUUAAACCACGUAACAAACCUGAACAAUUAAUAUAUUCUAGGGUUCCAACGACAGUUUUGUCAUAAAGUUUGAAUCAUGUCCAGGGCUAAGGAAAACUGCCCCUCAAGAGAUGUCAGUUCAAAAUAUGAUUGCAUACAAAGACGCGUUUCGUCUCAACAUCUCAUUGGGCGACAAAGUCCUGGCUCCAUGGCAAAAUGAUGGACGAUAUGGACCCGGUACCGUCCUGGAUGGAUGUGAGAGAAGAGACACUCAGGUCGAAGGUACGUUUAGUCUAGUCUAGUCUAGUCUGGGUUAGGAGACGGUCUUGAAAGGCAAGUGUGGGGACCACGGCACCAUAAGUCGGUUCACGUUGCAAAAUUGCAAGAAACUUGCAGCAACGAUUGUGACACCUUCCCCUUACAAAAAUCCCUUUUACUUCAGGAGAGGACGACGGUGAAUUGUUAGUGACUUUCUUCAAUGGAAAAACAGUAUCGUUGAAACGUGGUAUUGCAAUACGUGUUCCCGAGAAGAAAUUUAACCGAAUAUCGCUUGAUAUUCAGCUCCCAGAGUCGCAGAGAAGGAAGCAGAGGCUUCGACAAGAAACACGAAGUGCUACUCAUGAAGAUUGUUCACGUCCGACACCUAAAACGGUGUGGGAAUUGGAAGAACGACACGAAUUGCAAUUGGUACUGUUCUUCAUUUUUUAAUUUAUUUUUUAUAAGACUCUAGCCCCACAUGCUAAAUUUAAAUGUUCGCAACAGUCAAUGGUAAAAAUCAAUUUGAAGAAAAUUCACUAGGCACGUAUUUAUUAUUAAUGUUUAAUUUGCAGUAUUUCUAAAACAAACAUUUCUUUCCUCAAUUUGCUUUUCAAGCAUGGUCGUAACGGUCGUAAAAAUAGAGUCACGAUCUUUCUCAACGUACGACCAGUUUGUAAUAAACGUAAAUUGUGCCACAUAUAAAUCAUAAGUAAACUCUAGUUAUAAUCACGUAUUUUCAGUUCUAAAAUGUUGUGUUUCGGCUGAUGAGAAAGAUCGUUGCUCAAUCUUUACGACCGUUACGACCAUAUGUAAACUAGGCCUUUAACUUAAUAGAAGUUCGACUGUAAAAACUUAAUUAUGGCAAACUUAACUCGAGACAAAUCGCUCUUGUCCUAUAGCCUGUGGUUCCGCGUUGUCUUAUAGGAAAACGAAAAACUAAAGCAAAAGAUAGACGAACAGAUUAAAGAAAACACCAAUCUAAUACGUGCUUUGGACCUGAACAUUACCAAUACGACGAAGGCCAGGGACUCGCCUGUGAUUGGUAGAGCGACUUCACGUGACCUGAUAGACUCGUCCCUGAUUGGUACGGCAACGUCAUGCGACUGAAAUACUCGCCUGUGAUUGGUAGAGCGUCAUCGCGUGACUUAUUAAGAGACUACGAUAGCGGGGUGUUCUCGGAUGAAGAAUAUGAAGGAUACAGUGAAGAAGAUAUGACAGCGACUUACAGCGAAGCAUCUCAAGUUGAUGUUGGCCGCUAUGAUAAACAGUGUAAGUAUUGAGGCCAAAGUUGUAGUCGGACAAAAUUUAAUCGCGUUGCCAGCGCAAGAGAAGCGACAUGCAACACUUGCAAUGAUUUUCUCGUCUGGUAAGACAAUUGAAAAGCCGGAUUCUUACAAUGGAGGAUAAAUUCAUGAUUGCUUCACAAAUUUAGCGCUCUCAAUUUUAUACACAAGUUUAAAAGUUUCAUCACUGAGAAGUGUGAUCUGACCAAUAGAAAUAAAAAUCCCUAAAAGUGUAUAACUUUGGAACUGAUGACAAUGGAAUGCUGGAUUAGCUACCCAAAAUAUAUUUUUCACUGCCCAGGUCCACCAGUCAAAUAAAGCGAUUUUCAUUGGUUGUAAUUUGAAAUUUUCUGCAAUAGUUGCCGAAAGUCAAAUCAUUUGCAACAAUUGCCGAAGGUAUCAAGUUACAAUUGUAUUGACGCGCAGAACAGGUACACGUGCGAUUUCGUCUUUACUGCACGCUGGUGAUGCAAUAAAAUUUGACCCGUCGCACGUGAAACCUGUCCAUAGGUUUAUUGUUUCUCUGCUUUAGAUGACCUAUCAUUCACUCCUCGCUUCUCGCUGGGAAAGGAAAGAGUCUUAUUAAAAUCCGAUAACAAUAUCGAAAAACCCAAACCUUGGCGAUAUUCAAGUGCUGGCGCUCCCGCUAAACAGCCUCGUUUUCGUGAGACAGUUUUGAAGAAACCGCGCGAACCUGGCGAGAAGUCAACUGAGCGUCCAACACAUGAGGAAUAUCAAACAGUCGCGGGCGUCUCAUUCCCUGCUGGAACAGGUGAGAAAUACGUCAUGUAAAUUAUGUGAAAGUAUAUAUUGAUUGUUACCUCUGGCGAGAACUGGGAGGUUAUGUUUUCAUCCGCCUUUGUAUUUGUGUGUGUCUGUUAUCACGAUAACUUAAGAAAUAUCAAACGCCGGUAUUAAAAUGAAAAUUUGUGGGAAUGAUAAACAUUGCCCAAGGACAGAUUGAUUAAAUUUUGGUUAAAUGAUUUUUUUCUGUGACAAGUGCACUUGUUCAAAAGCUAGCAUGCUAGGUUUUGAACAAGUGCACUUGUCAUAGCCCAAUUGUUUUUUAUUAAUUAUUUUGAUUUUUCCCAACGUGGGCCUUCAAUAGAUCGUAAAUUCGGAGAGAAGCGACAAAAAUGGCAUCCGUAUCGACAGUUCGGUGACGGGAAAAAAAAGUCCAAAGAAAAUAUCUCUGCAAUUUGGGAAAGGAAAUAUCUAAAACACUCAGAAUAUCAAGAUGCAUCUGGGGUGAAAUUUCCUUCAGCUACAGGUAAUCCUAUUAGCUCUAGAUCAAUUUCUACACUCAUGUAGAAAUUGAUCUGGAGCUAAUAGGUCCUAGAACUAAUUAAGUCCUUAAUUUCGUCCUAAUUAAGUCCUUCGGUAGAACUAAUUAAGUCCUUAAUUUCAGGCUCGUGAUUCUGUCAUGCUGGCGCAUGUACCCAAAAUGCAAGAAUAAAAAAUGUUACGAUGCGGUAAUGUUACCGUAGUAAUACAGUAGGCUCACUUUUCCAGCGCACGUGCGAUGAAACAUUGCCGAAAACUUUGCAUUUUACCAGUGCCAAUUGUGUGCGAGAUGUCCGCUGACAUUAUGAGAAAAUCUGCUAAACCAUCCGUCUGAAUAUACUUUGAUGUCAUUGAAUUAUCUCAUUUUUUCCAGACAAAAAAUUUAGGCGAAGUCUUGACCCAAACUGGAGUCCCGAUACAGCACUGAGAAAUGCAGAACGUUCGCGCAAUUGGGAAGAUGGCCUGGGACAUGGUGAUGACAAGAAAAAUGCGCGAUAUGCUAAUAAGCUAGAGCACAUGAGAUCAAAUAAGAGAAGAUAUUUUAAAGAUAUCGAGGAUAAAGUUGCCGUCGAGGAAGGAAGGGAAGAAAAACGGAUUCAAUUUCGAAGGUAA